CAUUGUGCAAAGUCUAGGGAGAAUUUCAGACAUUGGAUUCAGAAGAUAACGCUUUUCCUCGUAGCAUCUACCGAACUGUGUGCGGUCCGGACGUCCAGCAGCGCUGACCUGUCGAGAUGGCUGACAACAGAGAUAAAACCACCGAUCAAAUGAAGAUAUGGAAGGAGAACAGAGGCGUGCAGCGGCCAGACACACUGACCACAGGGGCUGGCCAUCCCGUUGGGGACAAGCUGAACCUGCAGACUGCAGGGCCAAGAGGUCCUCUGCUGGUUCAGGAUGUGGUCUUCACAGAUGAGAUGGCCCAUUUUGACCGUGAACGAAUCCCAGAAAGAGUGGUGCAUGCCAAAGGGGGAGGGGCGUUUGGUUACUUUGAGGUGACUCAUGACAUCACUCGCUACAGUAAGGCCAAAUUGUUUGAGCAUGUCGGCAAGACUACACCUAUCGCUGUCCGCUUCUCCACUGUGGCUGGGGAAUCAGGCUCAGCAGACACUGUGAGAGACCCCCGAGGCUUUGCAGUCAAGUUUUACACUGAGGAGGGCAACUGGGACCUGACGGGCAACAACACCCCCAUUUUCUUCAUCAGGGAUGCCCUGCUGUUCCCGUCCUUCAUUCACUCCCAGAAGCGCAAUCCCCAAACCCACAUGAAAGACCCCGACAUGGUGUGGGACUUCUGGAGCCUGAGGCCUGAGAGUCUGCAUCAGGUGUCUUUCUUGUUCAGUGAUCGAGGUUUACCUGAUGGCUUUCGUCACAUGAACGGCUAUGGCUCCCACACCUUCAAACUGGUCAAUGCCAAUGGUGAGCGUUUCUACUGCAAGUUCCACUACAAGACUGAUCAAGGAAUAAAGAAUCUGACAGUGGAGGAAGCAGACCGGCUGGCCUCCACCAAUCCAGAUUAUGCCAUCGGAGACUUGUUCAACGCCAUUGCCAAUGGCAACUUCCCAUCCUGGACCUUCUACAUCCAGGUCAUGACCUUUGAGCAGGCUGAGAAGUUCCAGUUCAACCCCUUUGAUCUUACCAAGGUUUGGUCACAUAAAGAAUACCCACUGAUCCCAGUGGGCAAAAUGGUGCUGAACAGGAACCCAGUCAACUACUUUGCAGAGGUGGAGCAGCUGGCCUUUGACCCUAGCAACAUGCCACCGGGCAUUGAGCCAAGCCCCGACAAGAUGCUGCAGGGUCGUCUAUUCUCCUACCCAGACACACAUCGUCACCGUCUGGGAGCCAACUACCUGCAGCUCCCCGUCAACUGCCCCUUCAGGGCCCGUGUGAGCAACUACCAGCGUGAUGGUCCAAUGUGCAUGUUUGACAACCAAGGUGGAGCUCCAAACUACUAUCCCAACAGCUUCAGUGCCCCAGAGACCCAGCCUCAGUUUGUGGAGUCCAAGUUCAAGGUGUCUGCAGAUGUGGCACGUUACAACAGCGAAGACGAAGAUAAUGUCACACAGGUCCGUGCCUUCUACACCCAGGUGCUGAACGAAGAGGAGCGCCAGAGACUUUGCCAGAACAUGGCAGGUGCCCUGAAGGGAGCUCAGCUCUUCAUCCAGAAACGCAUGGUUGAGAACUUGAAGGCUGUCCAUCCAGAUUAUGGAAACAGGGUCCAAGCCCUUCUCAACAAGUACAAUGCAGAGGCCAAAAAGGUAAAGAGCACAAAUGUCCGCGUUUACAGCCGUCCAGGAGCCUCUGCCAUUUCUGCGUCCUCCAAGAUGUGAUGCCUUUAAUGUCCACUGGGGCAGCCCCCUCAUUCGUGUAAGAGCAAAUGCACUAACUGAUUAUCAACGUCUACUAUCAGUAACAAGAAUGGACUUAUCUUUCCAAUUACAGACUGCGAUGAGACUGAAAUGCUAACCGUGUAGUGUUUAGGUUGGGUUAAGGUCAUUUUUAAUUAAGGCAAACCAAACAGUUGAUUUGAAUAUCGUCAAAGCUAGCAAUGUUUGGCAGGCUACUGAUGUCUGAUGAAACCCCACAGUGCAAAUUUGUCUUGACUGAACAGCCAUUUUGAAAAUAUCAAAAUGCAUUGACCACCGCGGCAUGUAAGGUCUAUCGGCGACUGAUUGUUAAUACCAGAAUCAUGCCAAAUUUGAGUGCUUUACCACUUAAAGCCUUCAAAGUUAUUUAAAAGUAUUUUGUUCUAUUUUCAUGUUAUUGCAAUCAAUCACUUAUUCCAAACUGCUGUUAAGUGCUGUGAUGAGUGAUGGUUGUGUCCAAUAAUUCCUCAGGUUGUGUGUGUGCACUACUAUGUUGUGAUGAUCCAACAAUUUGCUUAAGCUUAAGUUUUAAGAAAACAAAUCCAACUGUUUUUAAAAUGUCCUCUGUCAGCAUUCAAAUACCAACUGCAUGAGUCUUGAAUUUGGGUUCAAGCUGGUAAAAUACCUUGAUUUCUUAUGAAGAAUUGGCUUGUCACUUUACCAAUACCCAUGUUUUUGUUUUCACUAUGGGCAAUGAUCAGCUGUGGCUAGUGUUCCUCAUGUUUGACUGCACCAUCAAAAAAUUUAAAUGCACCACAGACAGUAAUUCUGAAAACAGUUUACUAAUGUGAUAUUAACAGAAAUGAUCAUGAGAUACACUUUAUUAGUCUCACUAUUAGUUGUUUCCGUGUGGGGGUCAAGCUUCAAUUUUUUUUUUAUUUUCACCACAGUUAAAACCUCAUAGUGCCUUUUCAUAUCCUCAAACUUCCAAAUACACAUAACUUAAACUGAAAGAAUCUGUUAUGAAUUUCUCCAUUUGGUAUUUGGUAUCUGUAGAGGAUUUCACUGUCAUAAGUAACUGAUUAGAUGAUGACGUAAACUGGCAUUGAAUCUACUUAUUAUAUAUAAUAAGUUAUGCCUUUCUGACAUUGUGGUUUUGUUGAGGUUAAAUGUCACGUCACAAAUUCUAACAAAGUUUGGUGAGAAGUAAAAUUCAAGUCUGGAGGAAAUCCCAAAGAUCCUCAACAGGAUGCACCAGUCACAUUUAUCACUGUCCACCAUGAGCUGUCCAUGUAAGCUGUUUUUGUUUGUAACUUCUUAAAAAGUUCUUGAUCUGAAUGUAACGUUUUUUUGUUUUGUUUUGUAAUGUUCCAGUUGUAAACUUCUUAUACACAAGUUGUGUAUUUAGUGCCUGUACUAAUUAAAAUAUAAUCACUGCUUAGGAGCAGCAGCUUUA